ACCAGCGUAACCAACUCCAUGGGGAUGCCCGACAGCUUUCCUAGGUGUUUAGUUACUUAACAUAGCAUAUCCUCAGACCUCGGGGCAGGCAGAAACUGCAGACAACAUUUGACGAAUUGGAUACAGCUCUACACUUGUUGCAACCUCGCCAGAACCAGUAACAGAGAGGCAUGGCUCAGGCCAAUAUUUCGGUGACGGAAAGUCAGUUCCGAUGUCCAAUAUGCUUGGAUAUAUUGAACGACCCUGUGUCGAUACCGUGUGGUCACACGUACUGCAUGGUGUGUAUGAAUAGCUACUGGGACCAGGCAGAAUCGGGCCCGUACAGCUGCCCCCAGUGCCGAGAGACGUUCAGUCCGAGACCGGUUUUGCGCAGGAACACCGUCCUCGCAGAAGUGGUGGAGAAACUGAAGCUCACCGACGGGCUGAGCGCCACCGCACCCGAGCUCUACCGCGGCGGAGUGGGCGACGUCCCUUGCGACUUCUGCCCUAUCGACGGGAAGCUCAAAGCAGUCAAGUCGUGUUUGGCGUGCCUCGCCUCGUACUGCGACCUCCACGUCGCUCCGCACCGCGAAGUGGGGACUCUGCGGCGGCACAAGUUGGUGGCCGCGAUAGCUAACCUCGCCGAGAGGCUAUGUGCUCAGCACAGGCUCGGCUUGGAGGGCGGCGGCUCCGAUGCCGAGGCGUCGGAAUGGAACGGGGACUGCAUGCUGUGCGAGUGUGACCAGGAAGAGUUGCAUUACGAGAACACGCAGAGAGCCCGAAGGAAGGCCCAGCUGGAGGACUCUCAGCGGACAGUGCAGAUGCGGAUCCGGAAUGGCGAGCGGGAACUGGAGGAAUGCCAACAGACCCUGGAGUCCCUCAAGAGUUCGGCGGGGGCGGUGCGGCAGGAGAGCGAGGUGCUGUUUGCGGAGCUGGCGCAGCGUCUGCAGAAGGCCGGCGUGGAGGUGCGGACGCGGCUGGAGGCGCGGGAGCGGGCGCUGCUGGGACGGGCCGAACGCGACCUCGAGGAGCUGCGCCGCGAGCUGGACGACCUCCGCCGCCGCGAGCACGACAUGGGCCAGCUGCUGCUGAGCGAGGACAACGCCCACUUCCUGCAGACGGCUCCCUCGCUCUGCAUCCCCCCGACCAGCGGGCGGCGCCCUCGAGCAGCCGGCGUGCCCACGGAGUGCUUCAGCGGCACGCGCCGUGCCCUGUGCCACCUGCGCGCCCGCAUGGAUGAGCUGUGCGCCGAGGAGGUGGACAAGAUCAGCCGCGCAGCAAAUGACAACUCAUCUCACGCCAUCGCUGGAGAAAGUCAGAAAGCGUCGGCUGCCGGUGCACCUCACUUUAAAAACACAGACGAGCAGUCGCAGUCGCAAUCGCAAGCAGUGUCAGUGCCCAUGGCCUUUCAGUUCUCCACCUUGGCCCUUCAACCCUCGGAUCAGCGCCUGAGGUCAACCUUCCUGAGGUACGCCUCUCGGCUGACCCUUGACCCCGACACGGCCCACCCGACCCUGUUCCUGCUGGACGGCCCGCAGGGCGCCCACUGCGGCGAGGAGCCCCAGGCGUACCCGCUGCACCCGCUCCGCUUCGACAGCGUGGCGCAGGUGCUGUGCAAGGAGGGCCAGUUCGGCGGCGCCAGCUACUGGGAGGUGGAGUGGCAGGGCGGCGGCUGGGUGGACGUCGGGGUCACCUACCGGGCCAUCGGCCGCAAGGGCGGCGGCAAGCCCUGCCUGCUGGGCCGCAACGACAACUCGUGGCGCCUGCGCUGCACGCACGCCGGCUACGCCGCCUGGCACGACAACCGCAAGAUCACGGUGGCGGCCGAGCCCAGCCCGCGCAUCGGCGUCUACCUGGACCGGCACAAGGGCGAGCUGUCCUUCUACCGGCUGGCCGAGGCCGCCGAGCUGCUGCACACCUUCCGCUGCACCUUCUCGCAGCCGGUGUACCCGGCCUUCAGGCUGGACCUGGACUCCACGCUGCUCAUAUGCCCGCUGGACAGGGGCAACGGAGACUCCUCCUGCACCUGACCACGGCCUCUUCACCCUGUGCCCCCUUCUAUGCCCCACCUCAUAUACACACACACACACACAUAGACACACACACACACACACACACACAGACACACACACACAAGCACACAAGCAUACAGACAGACAGACAGACAGACAGACAGACAGACAGAAAGACAGACAGACAGACAGACAGACAGACAGACAGACAGACAGACAGACAGACAGACAGACAGACAAACAGACAGACAGACACACACACACACACACACAGAGACACACACACACACACACACACACACACACACACACACACACACACGCAUACAGACACACUCACACAGACAGGGGCGAUGGAGACUCCCUGACACGCACACACGCACACACACACAUACACACACACACACACAUACACACACGCACGCACACAGACACACUCACACAGAAAAGAGCGAUGGAGACUCCCUGACACACUGACACACACACACACACACACAUUCCAUCUAUCUGAUCCUCAUCCUAAAUCCCCGGCUGCGCCAGCCUCGUCCCCUGUCCUGCUCAAAAUGACCAAAAAUUCCACUGCCAUUGCUAAAUGGUCGAGACCAUGGUUUACACCUGAUACAGUCCUCAAAAAAGGUUACGAAAAGUUAAAAAACACUCAACGGUUAAGAAAGACUUAAGAUUGUUGCCUUCCAUGAAAGCUGUUCACUGGUAAGCAGGAGUCCAAUUCAACAGCCUACACACACCAUUCUUUACGCUUGGUGUGAAAUGUGAAUAAAAACGGAUUACAUUUCACCGAUGAAAAAUGGAUACCUUGUCAUGUCACUCAUGAAAGAUUAACGGAUGGAUGAUAUGUCAGCCCCACAAUAACGAACCUCAUAAUGGGUUUGUCACGGUCCACACAUCGGAGGUUCACCGUACACCCAGACUCCCCCC